ACUCGAGAGCCUCAUCCGACUACAAAAGCUGCAUCACCAAUAACCUACCCAUCAGUCAAUUUCACCGCCGUCCACUGUAUCACGCCAUUGCACGCACUCUUCAAUCACAUCAUUUAUCAUGGACUACUCUACAGAACACAUCGCCAAUGCUUACCAGUCAAAGCGACUCGAGUACGUCCGAGCCGACAAGACCGAUGAAAACCUUAAAAAGAUCGCUCUCACAAUCCUUCAAGAUCCUGUCAUCCAGGCCCUUUCAGCACCCACCAUGCUCUUGCCAAAGGGGCCCAAGGAGGUCGACUCAUACAUAGAGUCGGUUGUCAAUUCUUUGCUCGGUGUCGCUAUAUAUCUCAGAGAUGAUGCCGAUGACGAGACAGAAGACAAAGACAAGAAGCCUCGAACCAUCAUUGGCGUCAUGUGCAUCGGCUGGGGAGGCAUCUCACCCACAGUUGCCCAUCAUCGGACUGCCGAGAUUGGCAUCUCUCUUAUUAAAGAGCAUCAGGGCAAGGGCUACGGUAGAGAAGCCAUCAACUGGAUGGUGGACUGGGGCUUCCGACACGCUGGCCUGCAUACAAUUGGUAUUACUACUACCGAUUACAACCCCCGAGGAGUAUAUCUUUACGAGAGUAUUGGUUUCAAGCUGGAAGGCCGAAGACGGCAGACUGUUUGGAUGAACCGCAAGUGGUACGAUCUGAUCGAGUUUGGAAUGACGGAAGACGAAUGGGAAUCACUUCGGAGUCUUGAUACGAAAGAAACAUAGUUUAUUUGAUCAAUACUCAAUUGCAACGUAUUUGCAAAAUGGCAUGGCCGUGAAGCUGGCGCAGAAGAAGAAUAUCCGUGCUCAUCUUGAUCAAGGUUGCUGACAGUGGAAGGCGAGAUCAUGCUCGCACAGGCAGAGGCGUCAGCUCAUGCUUUCUCGACCUCAUGGAGCAAGAAAACACGAGAGUUUAGAAGAGAAUGAUAUAAUAAACUCAGUAAAGAUUCCCUAAAUUUAGACUAGAUUGCCCAAGUCUUCACCACUUAUGAUAAAAGUCUCAAG